GCUGGAAGCUGCAAGCCGUCGAUCGCCCGUUCGGGAAGACGAGUCAACUGAGACUGUCAAAUCCACUAGCGCUCAAACUCAUGGAUUAUCACUGACCUGGAUAUCGACUUUUUUCUUCUUGCAAUACAUCUCACGGCAUGGCCAGCUCUCCGCCGCCACAAGGCACAAGGAGCCUUCUUCCUGUCGUGACAGAAGACACACCGGCAGGCACAGCCGCAGACUCAGUCCAGGCUCAUGUGCAGCGUAUACAACAGCUUCUCAAAGCCAAGGACGACACAUCGAGGUUCGUGGGACUUGCGCUUCUCAAGUCGGUCCUUGACAACACUCCUGAAAUCCGGCAGGAUGGAGAGACGGUCUGUCGACUGUGGGAGUCUAUCCCCACCAAGUUCCUCGACCGGCUCCUCCGAACCGGCGCCACAGCUUCACAGAAGGAUUCUAAGGAGAUGCUAGAUCUAGCCGUCUCCGUGGUCCAUACAUUCACCAUUUUACUGCCAGAAGAACAGAGGCGUGAUACGAGGCUUCUGGGAAGGAUCCCGUUGCUCACCAGCACCCUGCUCCCGAGCUCUGAGGAAACCACUAUCCUCAUCCUGCAGGCUCUUGUGGUGCUUGUCAGCUACGCCGAGGGCGCUCAAGCGUUUGUCCAGCUUCAGGACAUAAGCAGCCUCAUUGAGAAUGCGCCCACUCAGCCUCUGGCUUUGGAGGUGCUUUCUCACGCCUUUCUCGCCUCGGCAGCUACUACACAGGACAAGAAGGCACUAUCAUUAAGGAUUGAACAUAUGGUUUCUUCCCUCAUAGCCACAUAUACCGGCACUGAUGCUGUGACCCUCCUUGCCUUUUUGGCAGAUUUCCUACGGCGGCUAGACAAAGAUCUUCUCCCACAAAAACCGCCAUGGCUCACCACCCUCGUGGACUACAUCGGGGGCCUCAUCUCCAGCCGUCCCACACAGGCGGCUAGGUCGGCAUACGUGAACCUGGCCACCACACUACUACAGGCAUACCCCGUGCAAAUGCCACACCUUCUAUUUUCUGGUGCUCAGAUGGUGGGCGAGAAGCCUGCCUCAUACCUGCUCAUCAAUUUGCUCCUCAUCGACCUUCGUACAUCCUUCCCGUCGCUGCUUGAAAAGCUUAAUGACACGCAAUACCAAGCUACGGCGCGCCGGCUCGCAUCUGACUUUGAUGUGGUGUCCUGCUUCAUUGGCUACCUCAUGAGGUUUGUGGACGACGACAGCCCCGAGUCUGGAUCUGGCCAAGGGUUUUCCAUGCCACCCGACCUGCUCCUCAAGAUCAGGAAAGCCAUGUCCGAGACAUUUUCCGUCGCCAUGGAGUUCCUUCGCGACCGGUGGGACGCCUCAGUGGCUGGCGCUAUGGGCUUGCACCCAGACGCGCGCGUGGGCGAGGCCAAGACUUCGCGGGGAGAGCGCUUCACCAUCUCGUGGGACUCGAUCGAUGACAAGGUUAACGAAGACCCCCUGGUGCUCGCCUGUAUCAGGUGUCUUGCGAUAUGGCUCAGAGAAGACGACAACGAAACCCUGCGGAAAGAAGCUGCGGGCCUGUGCGACAUGUUUGCGGAGCUUUACAAAGCUAGCACAACCGGCGGCAGUGCUCUCGACUUCCGUCGCCCGGUCUUGGUGGCCUUGGAGGGAAUCACCGUCUCGGAAGAAGGACCCGAGAACCUCCUGAGCCACGACGGCUGGAGGAUCCUCAUUGACGACCUUCUCGCUGUGGGUGCCUCAAGCGAGAGCGGCGACGAAGAUUUCUCCAGGGGCGUUGAAAUCGUCCGGAUCCUACUCCCGAUCGUCGAGAACGAGCGUCCGGGGAGCAAGGAAGCGUGGCUUGACGCCGCAACGGCUAUGGCCACCUGGGACACGCCGGAGGAUGGGCAGUCUCUACAGGCGAUGGAGUUCCAGGUGGCGGCCCUGCAGCUCAUCACCAGCGUCCUUGCGGGCGCACAUCCAAGCGUGCGGAAACGCUACAAGCACACGAUUGGCGCCAUCAGGGGUCUGGCAUCCCGACUCGGCGCGCAGGCUGGCAGCUCGAAUGCCGAUUUGCACGAAUCACUGCAGGAUGUUACCACCACGCUUGCGAGCUUGGGUUGGGCCCAAUGACUGCUUGCGCUGGAGUCGAGCAGAAGCAUGCAACAAUGCGGAUGGGCAACUGGCAGUUGCGCAGCGUGGGGGCGCAGCGCUCCCGUCUCGCUGCAUGCGCUCCUCUCUGACCUACAGGAGCUAGAUGAGAACUCCGGAGACGUGCAAAACUCGACGUCUUAGAAUUUGCUUGUUGGGCGAGAGACGGCACGGGGUUGGUCUAAAACGAGCAACAUCUGCGCGCUCGGUCAUUCCACUGAAGUAUCGGGAGCGAGCGCCUUCAAACCUCGUGGUAGGUAGGGUCAUAGUGUUGGGGAAACCUUGAGGCGAAGGAGAGAAUGAGGGUGGGGGAAAAAAAGCAAAGAAGGGCAUGCAAAUGGCGCGCAUGGUGCGAGGUCAGACUGCGUGCCAAGCGUGUAUAUGAGCCUGCAAUGAUUUUAGAUGAACUCGGUCCCUUACAGGCCGAGCACACAGGGCGUGCAUGCAUGGCGACGUUGGCGUGCGCUAAGACGCAGGACAAAGAGUGGGAGAAAAAGCAAAGAGUUGUCGGGUGAGGCCGCUUGUUGUUGCACAAGAAGCUAAGGUGUCGAUUCGGGGUCAAAGCGGCCAAAUAAGCGAAUCAAUGAUAGCAAGGUAGCCUCUCCAGAAUACUGCUGUGUAGUGUAGGUCGGUAGGUAUGUACCUACCUGUACCUAAGCAGGUAAUGGCCUGCCGCUGCCUGCCGGACAUAGUGUAUCUGCCGCAACGGAGGCAGUCGGCGGUCACCGCCGUCAGUCGGCAGCCGUCAAGACGGCGGAGUGUUUGUUCUAUCUAUAUAGGAGAAGUGGAACAAAGGGCUGGCUAGCUGGCUAGCUGAGGGGUAACACAGGGCGCACAGAGGGUUGGG